AACUAAAGUCUAAAGCGACUGUAAAAUUCGACUACCUGGUCAGUUGUUCGCCAAGCACCGUGAAGAGAACAACGUUGUUGUGUUCCACAUUUCAUCGAAACCACAAUACAACGAGAGAGAGAACGUUGUGUAGCCACGCGGAAUUUUUUAUUUUUCUUUUCGUCUCUCAUUGUUCUAAACUUGAUUGACAUGGAUUUAUUCAAAAAAGAAAUUUGCAAGUGUUUCGCCAUUUGGGUUUAAUCUGCAUUGUUUUGUGGUUGUCAAUCGACUUUGCCGAGUGUGGUUGUUGUGCGUGUGUGUGUUUGUGUGACGUCUGCUGUAGGAGGACCGGUUCAAACUUAACUUUAGGUCUAAGGUUCUCAUUGGAGGCGGGAGCUUGUGAAAAAAAGUAAAAAAAAAAAGAAAAGAAGAAGAAGUUAAAGAUGAGCGUGAUUUCUUCCCGCGACCCGGGAAUGACGGCAAUGUCGACGACGUCAGCGACGUUGACCCGACCGGGUUCAAGAUCAUCUGAAUUACGACCCAUUUUCCUGUUGGAACGCUGUUUAGCCAUCCGUUUCGAGCGGAUGGCUCAGUCGACGUCGACAGCAGCAGCAGCGACAACAACAGCAACAACAACAACAUCAUCAUCCAGCAAGAAAUCGGAAUCUCGGCCCGGGUCGAGUCUCAGCCAAUUGUCCAAUUGGUUCAACUUCCACCAGCCAUCGAGGGGGCACAACAACGGUGGCACUCCGCUGCCACCUGCACCGGCUCCGCCGGAAUCUUGCGCUUCCUCCGACCGUACCAUCCGCCAGCAACAAUCCAUCAAGGAGCCAACAACAACAGCAGCAGCCCUGGUCAAGGAUUCCUCGGCUCCAGCCGGUUGGGUUUACGACGGCGGAUUUGUUCUUUAUCAGAAUUUCCAAGAAGCCAAUGGCUAUUGCUACUGGAACGGUGCCCUGCUGGAAGCGGUGACUUCGCUGAAAUUCGUCGGUCACGUGACACCGUCGACCAUUCUCGUCACUGGCGAAGAAUCCUGUCUGGAAACGGUCAGAUCGGCUUGGGCACGCAAAGUUCUAAGGGCCCCGUCCGCCUACGUGAUUGUCCUCGUCGGCGAUGUGGACGGAUGUGCGGUUCAGCCCAUCAGCCAAAGUCAGUUCACUCCGCUGCCGGAGGCGCUCUGUUGGGUCAUUUGGGAGCUGAAUCUGGCCGAACGCUCGACCGCCCUGGACGAUGUGACCGCAGCUCUGGGUAACGCCUUCCCGGAUUUGGUGCCGCCAAGCAACAAAGUCGUUUACGACACUCUCGGGAAACUGAUCCGGGAUCGAAAGAUCUUUUACAACGGCAAGGGCUACGGUGUGGUAACGCCGGACACUUACCGCAAGACUUCCGUCGUCGAGAACGCCGAAAAGGGCCAACUGCUCCUCAUGAGCGACCAAGAAGCUUUAACGCGAGCCCACGGCGCCGUUGAGAGUUUCCCGCAGGGAAACGUGGUCCACAAGGCCAUUCAGACCAACUUGGUCGACGUCAUCUGUCGAGGUAAUGGCACCGAUAAGAUCCUGUACGGAAGGACGGCCGACGAGUUGCUGGUGCCCAACAGGCCCCGCCUGCAGCGACAGAGGUCAUUAAAAAUGUUCCACGGCGUCGGAACUAAUAAGAGGCUGUCGUGGUCUGAAUACAGACUCAGCGGAAUCACCGGCGGCGGAUCGCUCAAACUGUCGCAGGCCAAAGCCAAGAAGCUGAUGGACGAGUGCGCCAUGAGUCACGUAAGUGACUGGGAUGAGGCCACCACCGUCAUGUCCAGUGACGAGACCAAUAACACGCCCAUUAAAACACACAAAGAAAAGACGUCGCUUUUGAGCCGACUUUUCCGCAGGAGAAGUCCGUCCAAAAAGCGGACGACUAUGAGCACGUUUAACGCUCAAUUCCCUCCGCCGGAAUGGCUGGAAACUGGCAACGGUAAAAUCCUCCAUUCGCACUCGGUGGCUGUCCAGACACAAGCGGCCGACAUCGCAGCCUCAGCCGAAGAGGCCGUCGAGGCCCAAAAAUAUCCAGCGCUGAAUAGCAGCGCCAGGUCGGAAUGUUCGACGUCGCUUUCGUUCUCGUCGCCGACGCCGACGCGUCGGUCGAUGCAGAGGCGAGUGACCCUGUCGCAACCUCCUUCGGUGCGUUCGGAAUCGUGCAGCCCGUUCCGCCAUCACCACCACCAACUCCAUCCGACCAUUCACGCCAAACUCAGCUCCGAUGAGACGGGCCGAGUCAACGGACACACUCGUGGUUCGCCGGCCACGUCCAUUUCUUCAGGUCUGGGACGCUCGUUCUCGCCGGCGUCGGCUCAUUCGUAUCAACGCCCUUUGGGUUCAAUCUUACGGAACCAAAGUCCGCCAUCGCCGACGCAGAGCACCGACUCGCUUUAUUCGUCGUCGGUCGGGCCCAGCGCCAGCGCCACUUGCCGUUCACCAGUGCCCAGUUUGGCCUCUAAAACGACCACUUUCAGCCAUGAUAGGCCGUUUGAGCGGUCUAUUCCCGCCAGAGCUUCGUACGGAGGCACGAUGGGCCGGUCCAGGGCCACGCCAAUCAAUGUCGAACCACAACCCAGGAUGACUGAAUACCAACCGUUUCAACGGCUGUCCGCUCGCAGCGUUUCUCUCAGGCAACCAAACAGGGUCCAGGCAUCGCCGAUGAACAGCCCUACGCUUUUGGGCUCCAGCGUUCCACGACCCUACGUUCCAGGUCGGAUCGGACUGGCCGAACAAAAGAGCUUGAUCCUCCAGCAGAGGGCCACCAUUCGCGACCAGUUUUUCCAGACUCCGUUGACGGCUCCGCCGUUGAUUUCGUCCAUGAUGAGCAACAGCAACAUCAAGUCGAAGCUGUCUCUGCCCAGGACGGACGAGCUGAGCGGCAGCAGCAGCUUCACGGAGAAGCCGUCGCCGGCCCAGUCGACCGUCAGCAGUAGCGCCAGCAAAAAGUACUACGAAACCGAUUUGGAUUUGACGAUCAAAGUGCCCAAGAAAUCUGGCGAGUCUUUCCAUCAAGAAACGAGAAAGAAUCUGGCGUCCAGUGAAACUGGCGGACCGACCACGGCCAGUCGGGUCAUCAACAUUUCCGUUGUCAAGAGCGAGAGUCUGAAUUACGUCUCGCAGAACAACGAGACCAAUACCGGUCAUUUGACUAACAAAGAGAACACGGAGGACAUCAAAAUGGAUAGGCCAAACUUUACCAAGAAAUCGAGUGAAGAUAAUUUUCGGACUUUUCCCAGUCUAACGGAGCUCAACAUCAAUUUUAAAUCCAUCACGGGUCAAAAGAUUCUCCAGGGCCUCAAUUCGAAUAGCACCGACACUUUGGUCGAAUUGUCUAUGCGCGAUGGCCCGGAUGUCGGCAAAUCCGAUUUAAGCUAUGUUUAAAAUAACAAGUGUGUGUGUGUGUGUUCAGGCCAGCAAAUUCAGCCACUCUAUCAGCUCUAUCAUCACCUUCGUAUACAAACAAAAUCGGUUUUCCCAUUAUUAUUAUUCAAUCUUUUUUUAUACACCUUGUGAAUCCACGUGAACUUUUUUUGUGCUGUCUCAUAUAAUGCCUUUAAUCCAAAUUUGUAUAAUCGUAGGACGUGUUCUACAUAGAUUUUUAGGGACCUUUUUUCCCACCCUGGUCUAAUCUUAUUUACUGGUGUAUUGAAUUUUCAGCUUGGAUUUAACAAAAAUACAGUUACGAUCCGCUUGUA